AUGGUGCCAGUCAUGACCCUGGCCUCUGGCUCCUGCAACCAGACCUUCCCAGUGAACUUGCUGGACACAUCCACCAUCUACGGGGACUGGGGCUGGCUGACAUAUCCGGCUCAUGGGUGGGACUCCAUCAAUGAGGUGGAUGAGUCCUUCCGGCCCAUCCACACCUACCAGGUGUGCAACGUCAUGAGCCCCAACCAGAACAACUGGCUGCGCACCAGCUGGGUGCCCCGUGAUGGCGCCCGGCGCGUCUAUGCUGAGAUCAAGUUCACCCUGCGUGACUGCAACAGCAUGCCUGGUGUGCUGGGCACCUGCAAGGAGACCUUCAACCUCUACUACCUGGAGUCAGACCGCGACCUGGGCGCCAGCACACAAGAAAGCCAGUUCCUCAAAAUUGACACCAUCGCAGCCGAUGAGAGCUUCACUGGUGCCGACCUCGGCGUGCGGCGCCUCAAGCUCAACACCGAGGUGCGCGGUGUGGGCCCCCUCAGCAAACGCGGCUUCUACCUGGCUUUCCAGGACAUUGGUGCCUGCCUUGCCAUCCUCUCCCUUCGCAUCUACUACAAGAAGUGCCCGGCCAUGGUGCGCAACCUGGCAGCCUUCUCGGAGGCAGUGACGGGGGCCGACUCAUCCUCACUGGUGGAGGUGAGGGGCCAGUGUGUGCGUCACUCAGAGGAGCGGGACACUCCCAAGAUGUACUGCAGUGCUGAGGGCGAGUGGCUGGUGCCCAUUGGCAAGUGCGUGUGCAGCGCUGGCUACGAGGAGCGGCGGGAUGCCUGUGUGGCCUGUGAGCUGGGCUUCUACAAGUCAGCCCCCGGGGACCAGCUGUGUGCCCGUUGCCCUCCCCACAGCCACUCUGCAGCCCCUGCAGCCCAAGCCUGCCGCUGUGACCUCAGCUAUUACCGUGCAGCCCUAGACCCACCGUCUUCAGCCUGCACCCGGCCACCCUCGGCACCGGUGAAUCUGAUCUCCAGCGUAAAUGGCACGUCGGUGACCCUGGAGUGGGCCCCUCCCUUGGACCCAGGCGGCCGCAGCGACAUUACCUACAAUGCUGUGUGUCGCCGCUGCCCCUGGACGCUGGGCCACUGUGAGGCGUGUGGAAGCGGCACCCGCUUCGUGCCCCAGCAGACGAGUCUGGUGCAGGCCAGCCUGCUGGUGGCCAAUCUGCUGGCUCACAUGAACUACUCCUUCUGGAUCGAGGCUGUCAAUGGUGUGUCUGACCUGAGCCCCGAGCCCCGCAGGGCCACCGUCGUCAAUAUCACCACGAACCAGGCAGCACCAUCGCAGGUGGUGGUGAUCCGCCAGGAGCGGGCAGGCCAGACCAGCGUCUCACUGCUGUGGCAGGAGCCUGAGCAGCCCAAUGGCAUCAUCCUAGAGUAUGAGAUCAAGUACUAUGAGAAGGACAAGGAGAUGCAGAGUUACUCCACUCUCAAGGCUGUCACCACCAGGGCCACCGUCUCGGGCCUCAAGCCAGGCACCCGCUACGUGUUCCAGGUUCGAGCCCGUACCUCUGCAGGCUGUGGCCGCUUCAGCCAGGCCAUGGAGGUGGAGACCGGGAAACCCCGGCCCCGCUAUGACACGCGAACCAUCGUCUGGAUCUGCCUGACGCUCAUCGCGGGCCUAGUGGUGCUCCUGCUCUUGCUCAUGUGCAAGAAGAGGCACUGCGGCUACAGCAAGGCUUUCCAGGACUCAGAUGAGGAAAAGAUGCACUAUCAGAGUGGGCAGGCACCCCCACCUGUCUUCCUGCCUCUGCACCACCCCCCGGGGAAGUUCCCGGAGCCCCAGUUCUAUGCAGAACCCCACAACUACGAGGAGCCGGGCCGGGCGGGCCGCAGUUUUACCCGUGAGAUCGAGGCCUCCAGGAUCCACAUUGAGAAAAUCAUUGGCUCUGGAGAAUCUGGAGAAGUGUGUUACGGGCGGCUGCAUAUGCCGGGGCAGCGAGACGUGCCUGUGGCCAUCAAGGCCCUCAAAGCCGGCUACACAGAGAGACAGCGGCGGGACUUUCUGAGUGAAGCAUCCAUCAUGGGUCAGUUUGACCACCCCAAUAUCAUUCGCCUCGAGGGAGUCGUCACCCGUGGCCGCCUGGCCAUGAUCGUCACAGAGUACAUGGAGAAUGGCUCUCUGGAUGCCUUCCUGAGGACCCACGACGGGCAGUUCACCAUCAUGCAACUGGUGGGCAUGCUAAGAGGAGUGGGUGCCGGCAUGCGCUACCUCUCAGACCUGGGCUACGUCCACCGUGACCUGGCUGCCCGCAAUGUCCUGGUUGAUGGCAACCUGGUCUGCAAGGUGUCUGACUUUGGGCUCUCACGAGUGCUGGAAGAUGAUCCUGAUGCUGCCUACACCACCACAGGCGGGAAGAUCCCAAUCCGCUGGACCGCACCUGAGGCCAUCGCCUUCCGGACCUUCUCCUGGGCCAGUGACGUGUGGAGCUUUGGCGUGGUCAUGUGGGAGGUUCUGGCCUAUGGGGAGAGGCCCUACUGGAACAUGACAAACCGUGAUGUCAUCAGCUCCGUGGAGGAGGGGUACCGCCUGCCUGCACCCAUGGGCUGCCCCCGUGCCCUGCACCAGCUCAUGCUUGAUUGUUGGCACAAGGACCGGGCCCAGCGGCCUCGAUUCUCCCAGAUCGUCAGCGUCCUUGAUGCACUCAUCCGCAGCCCUGAGAGUCUCAGGGUCACGGCCACCGUCAGCAGGUGCCCACCCCCUGCCUUUGCCCAGAGCUGCUUUGACCUCCGUGGAGGCGGUGGUGGCGGUGGGGGCCUCACCGUGGGAGACUGGCUGGACUCCAUCCGCAUGGGCCGCUACCGGGACCACUUUGCUGCUGGCGGCUACUCCUCCCUGGGCAUGGUGCUGCGCAUGAAUGCUCAGGAUGUGCGUGCUCUGGGCAUUACCCUCAUGGGCCACCAGAAGAAGAUCCUGGGCAGCAUCCAGACCAUGAGGGCCCAGCUGACCAGCACCCAGGGGCCCCACCGGCACCUCUGA